UAUAUAAACCCGGCAGAAUCUGGCUGAUCCGACCAGUGUGCCGCUCUGUCAAACGCUCCUUUCGCACACGCGCAACCAAAUGAGACGGCACAACUUGUCUGAGUUUUGACAGGACGGUGAGGAAGUCGGGAGCUGAUAGCUGGCUGCAAUACCUCUGCUUGGUGGAGGCUGCUCGCAGCGGGACGUGAUCUGUCAGCUCACACGGGAACAAGCGUGCCAAGAAAGGAAACUCAACUCAACUUAAUUUGAACUGGCUCUCAAACUUCUCCUGCAGACUAAAAAGGCCAAGCAAAUAUAAGACUCCAUCAGCUUUGAAAAGGAACUGAACACCACAAUGGGACUCCCUUCCCAUGUUUUGGCCUGUGCCAUCUUAGGUUUGCUGUACCAGCAUGCCAGCGGUGGGCUCAUCCAGCGAAUCAUCCGGCAGAAGCGGGAGACUGGGCUCAACGUGACCUUACCAGAGGAAAAUCAGCCCGUGGUUUUUAACCACGUCUACAACAUCAAGUUACCUGUUGGCUCCCUUUGCUCUGUGGACCUGGACACAGCAAGCGGGGACGCAGACCUAAAGGCAGAAAUUGAGCCCGUCAAGAAUUACGAGGAGCAUACGGUGAAUGAAGGGAACCAGAUCGUCUUCACGCAUCGCAUCAACAUUCCCCGCCGGGCCUGUGGCUGUGCGGCUGCCCCAGACAUCAAGGACCUGCUGAGCAGACUGGAGGAGCUGGAGGGGCUGGUAUCCUCCCUCCGGGAGCAGUGUGCCAGCGGAGCUGGAUGCUGUCCUAAUUCCCAGACAGCAGAAGGUCGCCUGGACACGGCCCCCUAUUGCAGUGGGCACGGCAACUACAGCACCGAGAUCUGCGGCUGUGUGUGUGAGCCAGGCUGGAAAGGCCCCAACUGCUCUGAACCAGCCUGCCCACGCAACUGCCUCAACCGCGGCCUCUGCGUGCGGGGCAAAUGCAUCUGCGAGGAAGGCUUCACCGGCGAGGACUGCAGCCAGGCUGCCUGCCCAUCUGACUGCAACGACCAAGGCAAGUGUGUGGAUGGGGUGUGCGUCUGCUUCGAGGGCUACACGGGCCCGGACUGCGGUGAGGAGCUCUGCCCCCACGGGUGUGGUAUUCAUGGGCGCUGUGUGGCUGGACGCUGUGUGUGCCACGAGGGUUUCACCGGUGAGGACUGCAGUGAGCCCCUGUGUCCCAACAACUGCCACAACCGUGGGCGCUGCGUGGACAACGAGUGCGUCUGCGACGAGGGCUACACAGGGGAGGACUGCGGCGAGCUGAUCUGCCCCAACGACUGCUUCGACCGCGGGCGCUGCGUCAAUGGGACCUGCUUCUGCGAGGAGGGCUACACAGGGGAGGACUGCGGCGAGCUGACCUGCCCCAACAACUGCAAUGGCAACGGGCGCUGCGAGAACGGGCUGUGUGUGUGCCAUGAGGGCUUCGUGGGGGAUGACUGCAGCCAGAAGAGAUGCCCGAAGGACUGCAAUAACCGCGGGCGCUGCGUGGAUGGGCGCUGCGUGUGCCACGAGGGGUACCUGGGGGAGGACUGUGGGGAGCUGCGGUGCCCCAACGACUGCCACAACCGCGGGCGCUGCGUCAACGGGCAGUGCGUGUGUGAUGAGGGGUUCAUUGGGGAGGACUGCGGAGAGCUGCGGUGCCCCAACGACUGCCACAACCGCGGGCGCUGCGUCAAUGGGCAGUGUGAGUGCCACGAGGGAUUCAUCGGGGAGGACUGCGGGGAGCUGCGGUGCCCCAACGACUGCAACAGCCGUGGGCGCUGCGUCAAUGGGCAGUGCGUGUGCGACGAGGGGUACACAGGGGAGGACUGCGGGGAGCUGCAGUGCCCCAGUGACUGCCACAACCGUGGGCGCUGCGUGGAGGGACGCUGCGUGUGUGACAACGGUUUCACCGGGGAGGACUGUGGGGAGCUGUCCUGUCCCAAUGACUGCCACCAGCGCGGGCGCUGCGUUGAUGGGCGCUGUGUGUGCCACGAGGGCUUCACUGGGGAAGACUGCCGGGAACGGUCCUGCCCCAACAACUGCAACAACGUGGGCCGCUGUGUCGAGGGACGGUGUGUCUGUGAGGAAGGUUACAUGGGGAUCGACUGUUCUGAUGUGUCUCCUCCAACGGAGCUGACUGUAACGAAUGUAACAGAUAAAACUGUAAAUCUGGAAUGGAAGCAUGAGAAUCUCGUCAAUGAGUACCUUGUCACCUAUGUCCCUACCAGCAGUGGUGGCUUAGAUCUACAGUUCACCGUACCAGGAAACCAGACAUCUGCCACUAUUCGUGAGCUGGAGCCGGGUGUGGAAUACUUCAUCCGUGUCUUUGCAAUCCUUAAAAACAAGAAAAGUAUUCCAGUCAGUGCCAGAGUAGCGACAUAUCUGCCUGCUCCAGAAGGUCUGAAAUUCAAAUCCGUUAGAGAAACAUCUGUCCAGGUGGAGUGGGAUCCUCUGAGCAUUUCCUUUGAUGGCUGGGAGCUGGUCUUUCGUAAUAUGAAAAAGGAUGAUAAUGGAGACAUAACCAGCAGCUUGAAAAGGCCAGAGACAUCAUAUAUGCAGCCAGGCUUGGCACCAGGACAGCAGUAUAACGUAUCCCUUCAUAUAGUGAAAAACAAUACCAGAGGACCAGGGCUAUCCCGUGUGAUAACCACAAAACUUGAUGCCCCUAGCCAGAUCGAGGCAAAAGAUGUCACAGACACUACAGCUCUGAUCACAUGGUCCAAACCCUUGGCUGAAAUUGAAGGCAUAGAGCUUACAUAUGGCCCCAAGGAUGUUCCAGGAGACAGGACUACCAUUGACCUCUCCGAGGAUGAAAACCAAUAUUCCAUUGGAAACCUGAGGCCACACACAGAAUAUGAAGUGACACUCAUCUCUCGGCGAGGGGACAUGGAAAGUGACCCUGCAAAAGAAGUCUUUGUCACAGACUUGGAUGCUCCACGAAACCUGAAGCGAGUGUCGCAGACAGACAACAGCAUUACUUUGGAGUGGAAGAACAGCCAUGCCAAUAUUGAUAAUUACCGAAUUAAGUUUGCUCCCAUUUCUGGUGGAGACCACACUGAGCUGACAGUGCCAAAGGGCAACCAAGCAACAACCAGAGCUACACUCACAGGUUUGAGACCUGGAACUGAAUAUGGCAUUGGAGUGACAGCAGUGAGACAGGACAGGGAAAGUGCUCCUGCUACCAUUAAUGCUGGCACUGAUCUUGAUAACCCCAAGGACUUGGAAGUCAGUGACCCCACUGAAACCACCCUGUCCCUUCGCUGGAGAAGACCAGUGGCCAAAUUUGAUCGUUACCGCCUCACUUACGUUAGCCCCUCUGGAAAGAAGAAUGAAGUGGAGAUCCCUGUGGACACCACCUCUUAUAUCUUGAGAGGAUUAGAUGCAGGGACAGAGUACACCAUCAGUCUGGUGGCAGAGAAAGGCAGAUACAAAAGCAAACCCACAACCAUCAAGGGUUCGACUGAGGAAGAACCUGAGCUUGGAAACUUAUCAGUGUCAGAGACUGGCUGGGAUGGUUUCCAGCUCACCUGGACAGCAGCCGACGGGGCCUACGAGAACUUUGUCAUUCAGGUGCAGGAGUCUGACAAUCCAGAAGAGACCUGGAACGUGACAGUCCCCAGCGGACAGCACUCUGUGAACAUUACAGGCCUCAAGGCCAACACACCUUAUAACGUCACACUUUACGGUGUGAUUCGAGGCUACAGAACCAAACCCCUUUAUGUUGAAACCACCACAGGAGCACACCCCGAAGUUGGUGAGCUAACCGUUUCCGACAUUACUCCUGAAAGCUUCAACCUUUCUUGGACGACCACCAAUGGGGACUUUGACGUCUUUACUAUUGAAAUUAUUGAUUCUAACAGGUUGCUGGAGCCCAUGGAGUUCAACGUCUCAGGCAAUUCAAGAACAGCUCAUAUCUCAGGGCUUUCCCCCAGCACUGAUUUUAUUGUCUACCUCUAUGGGAUCUCUCAUGGUUUCCGCACACAGGCAAUAAGUGCUGCGGCUACAACAGUAGAGGAACCUCUCCUUAGCAAACUCACUGUAUCAAAUGCUACCUCAGACUCCAUGUUGCUCAUGUGGGAAGCACAGGACAAUGCCUUUGACCAUUUUAUUCUAGAAGUCAGAAACUCUGACUCCCCUUUGGACUCACUGGUGCAAAUAGUGCCAGGGGCUUCCCGGCACUAUGUAGUCACCGGCCUCAAAGCUGCCACUAAUUACACUGUCCAGCUCCAUGGUGUAGUUGAUGGGCAAGGUGGUCAGACCUUGACAGCACUGGCAACCACAGAAGCUGAGCCACAGCUGGGCACGCUCACACUCACAAAUGUCACCCCCGACAGCUUCAACCUCUCGUGGACCACAAGAGAUGGGCCUUUUGCCAAGUUUAUCAUACAUGUUAGAGAUUCCUAUGCAGCACACGAACCCCAGGAGCUUACGGUGUCGGGAGGUGCUCGCAGCGCUCACAUCUCAGGCCUGCUAGAUUACACUGGCUAUGACAUUAACAUUAAGGGCACCACCGAUGCAGGUGUUCACACAGAGCCCCUCACUGCUUUUGUCAUGACAGAGGCCAUGCCCCCACUGGAAAACCUAACUGUCUCUGAUAUUAACCCUUAUGGGUUCACAGUGUCGUGGAUGGCAUCGGAGAAUGCCUUCGACAGCUUUCUUGUAGUCGUGGUGGACUCUGGCAAGCUGCUGGACCCACAGGAGUUCCUCCUUACGGGAGCCCAGCGGCAACUGAAGCUUAAAGGCCUUAUAACUGGCAUUGGCUAUGAGGUUAUGCUUUAUGGUUUUGCCAAGGGGCACCAAACAAAGCCCCUAAGCACUGUGGCUGUUACAGAGGCAGAACCCGAGGUCGACAACCUUCUGGUUUCAGAUGCUACCCCAGACGGCUUCCGUCUGUCCUGGACUGCAGAUGAUGGGGUUUUCGACAGUUUUGUUCUAAAAAUCAGGGAUACCAAAAGGAAAUCUGAUCCACUGGAACUCAUAGUACCAGGCCAUGAGCGCACCCACGAUAUAACAGGGCUGAAAGAGGGCACUGAGUAUGAAAUUGAGCUCUAUGGAGUUAGCAGUGGACGGCGCUCCCAACCCAUAAACUCAGUAGCAACCACAGUUGUGGGAUCUCCCAAGGGAAUCUCCUUCUCAGACAUCACAGAAAACUCUGCUACAGUCAGCUGGACCCCCCCCCGCAGCCGCGUGGAGAGCUACAGGGUCUCCUAUGUCCCCGUCACAGGCGGCACUCCCAAUGUUGUUACAGUCGAUGGAAGCAAGACAAGGACAAAGCUGGUGAAGUUAGUCCCGGGUGUAGACUACAAUGUUAAUAUCAUCUCUGUGAAAGGCUUUGAAGAAAGCGAACCCAUCUCUGGAAUUCUGAAAACAGCUCUGGACAGCCCAUCAGGACUGGUAGUGAUGAACAUUACAGACUCAGAGGCUCUGGCAACCUGGCAGCCUGCAAUUGCAGCUGUGGAUAAUUACGUUGUCUCCUACUCUUCUGAGGAUGAGCCAGAAGUCACACAGAUGGUAUCAGGAAACACAGUGGAGUAUGACCUGAACGGCCUUCGACCUGCGACGGAAUACACCCUGAGGGUCCAUGCUGUGAAGGAUGUACAGAAGAGCGAGACCCUCUCCACCCAGUUCACUACAGGACUCGAUGCUCCAAAAGAUUUAAGUGCUACCGAGGUUCAGUCAGAAACAGCUGUGAUAACAUGGAGGCCUCCGCGUGCUCCUGUCACUGAUUACCUCCUGAUCUACGAGUCCAUUGAUGGCAAAGUCAAGGAAGUCAUCUUAGACCCUGAGAUGACCUCUUACACCCUGACAGAGCUGAGCCCAUCCACUCAAUACACAGUGAAACUCCAGGCACUGAGCAGAUCUGUGAGGAGCAAAACGAUCCAGACCGUUUUCACCACAACUGGUCUUCUUUAUCCUUAUCCUAAAGACUGCUCCCAAGCUCUCCUGAAUGGAGAGGUCACCUCUGGGCUCUACACUAUUUAUCUGAAUGGAGACAGGACACAGCCUCUGCAAGUCUUCUGUGACAUGGCUGAAGAUGGAGGUGGAUGGAUUGUGUUCCUGAGGCGCCAAAAUGGAAAGGAAGAUUUCUACAGGAACUGGAAGAAUUACGUGGCUGGCUUUGGAGAUCCUAAGGAUGAAUUCUGGAUAGGUCUGGAGAACCUCCAUAAAAUCAGCUCUCAGGGGCAGUACGAGCUGCGUGUGGAUUUGAAAGACAGAGGUGAGACAGCCUACGCUGUGUACGACAGGUUCAGCGUUGGAGAUGCCAAGACCCGGUACCGGCUGAGGGUGGAUGGCUACAGUGGCACAGCAGGUGACUCCAUGACCUACCAUAAUGGAAGAUCCUUCUCCACUUUUGACAAGGACAAUGAUUCUGCUAUCACCAACUGUGCUUUGUCAUACAAGGGUGCUUUCUGGUACAAGAAUUGUCACCGAGUCAAUCUGAUGGGCAGAUAUGGUGACAACAACCACAGUCAGGGUGUUAACUGGUUCCACUGGAAGGGCCACGAAUACUCCAUCCAGUUUGCAGAGAUGAAGCUGAGACCCUCCAGCUUUCGAAAUCUGGAAGGAAGACGAAAGCGAGCAUAAAGCCUUGGGAUGGUGAAAGGGCUACAGGCGGGGCGACGUGGGGAGGGACAGAGAACGGGGGGCGUGGGGGGAUCUCUGGCAUCACUGGGGUGAUGGGGGUGAGGAGCUGGUAGUCGUACCAAAGCAUCGCAACCCUUGGCACAACAGCCCAAACAACGAGCCUUAUGUGUCCCAGCAAUUCCAGCAGAGCAGCUCCAGCUCUGCCCACCACUGAUGUCCUUCACGCCAAAGACAACGAUCUCAAGGGUUGUAUGCUGUUUUCUUCAUUUUUCUUUUCUCAGCCUCUGGGAUGAAGUUCUUCCACGAUCUGACUAUCUCUUGGGUGGCCCAGGGUAGGGGAGGGAGAACAGCUUUGUAUAUUGGUAGUUUGUUUUAGAACCAGCCAUAUUUUUUACAUAUCGUACACAGAAAUGUGUAUGAUUAAUUAUCAUUAUUAUUAUUAUUAGAUAUAAUUGAAAUCCUUUGGUCGUUGGAAAGCCUUUUUAUAUAUAUAUAUCAAGUACCACAAAGAAGAAGGGAAGGGGAGGGGGGCAGGGAAAGCAGUACAUUUUUAAA